GGCGGGCCCGCCGCCAGGGGGCGCCCGGCGCCGCAGGGGAAGCUCCGCCCCUUUCCCGGGGCCGCGGGUUCGAGUCCCGGCCCCGCCGCUUCCGCCUCCGGGGCCGGGCCGGGGUCGCGGCGCUGCCAUGUCCUGCCACUUCCAGAGGCUCUUUGGGACCGACGGGGAGCUGGAGGACGAGGAUUUCCUCUCCGCUGUGCAAGAUGCAGAGAACCAGUUUGUGAUCCCCGGGCAUUCCUCGCCCAGCGUCGUGCCGGUUCCUCCCAGCGGACCCCAAACCAGCGGACCCCAUCCCAGCGAACCCCAUCCCAGCGAACCCCAUCCCAGCGGACCCCAUCCCAGCGAACCCCAAACCAGCGGACCCCAAACCAGCGAACCCCAUCCCAGGGAACCCCAAACCAUCAAACCCCAUCCCAGCGGACCCCAAACCAGUGAACCCCAUCCCAGCGGACCCCAAACCAGUGAACUCCAAACCAGCGGACCCCAACCCCGCAGACCCCCCACCCUGCGGCCCCUCGCCGAGCACCCCGUGGGGCUGCAGGGACCCCCGUGGCGGGGAGCAGCGCCCCAGGCCGAGCCGGACAAUGCCCUUUUCCUGGCUGCCUGCAGGGAGCUGGAGGGGCCCGAGGUGCCCCUGGGGGCCGCCGCUGCCCCAGUGCCCCCCGGGCGCCACCAGAAGCCGCCCUGGAAGUGCGCAGGGAAGGAGAACGCCCAGGAAUGUGGGGUCCCCAAAAAGCUCAGGGUGGCAGAGGAGCUGGUCCCUGGCCCCGGGGGGCUGCAGGACGGGCAGGGCCUCCUCCCCAGUCCCAGACUGGUGCUGCGGCCCAGCGCGGCCGGUGCCUGCGCCCCCAGACCCCCCCCUUCCACGGGAGAGCCAAGAGGGUCCGGAGGGUCCGUCCCUGCUCCGGGGGCUCCGUGCCUGAGGCCUGUCCAAGCGCCCCUGGGAAGGAGCAGCUCCUCGGUGCCCUGGACCCCCCCGGCACAGAGCUGCCCCCAGCCCCGGCUGCCCCCCAGACCCCCCUCGGGCCCCCCGAACCCCCCCGUGGCCCCCAACGCCCCCGGCCCCCCGAGUGUCCCUGUGGUCACCAACCACCUGGUGCAGCUGGUGGCAGCGGCCAGCAAAGCCCCCACGGGACCCCCCCGAGCCCCCGGCCCCAGGGAGAGCCGGCGCUUCCCGGGGCCCGCCGGGAUCCUGCCCCAGCAGCACUCUGGGAAGCUGCUGGAGGAGAUCCUGGUGGCUGCUCCCCAGGCUCCGGCUCACGGGGCCGUGGCGAAGCCGCGGGCUCAGGCGCUGCCCAGCUCCCCGCUGCCCACGGAGGAGGAUUUCGGGAAGGGGCCCUGGCUGGCCAUGAAGACGGAGCUGGGGCUGGAUGAGAGGGACCCCAGCUGCUUCCUGCACACCUACAGCGUGGUCAUGGUGCUCCGCAAGGCAGCCCUGAAGCAGCUCCCAAAAAACAAGGUUCCUAGCAUGGCCGUGAUGAUCAAGUCCCUGACCAGGAGCAGCGCUGGUGCUGGUGCCGUGUUCCGGGACCCCACAGGGGAGAUGCAGGGCACCGUGCACCGGCUGCUGCUGGAGCAGAGGCAGAGCGAGCUCCGGGCCGGCUCCGUGCUGCUCCUGAGGCAGGUCGGGGUCUUCUCCCCCUCCCACCGCAACCACUACCUCAACGUGACCCCCAACAACCUCCUCCGGAUCUUCCCGCCCGAGCCCGAGGGCUGCUCCCCCCGGCAGGUCCCUGGCCAGGCUGAGCUGAGCCCAGAGCCCCCUGCACAGCCCACCCGGGCUCCUGAGCACCGGGGACAGCCCAGGACAGGCGGACACGGUGCGGAGCAGCAUCCUGGGGGCUCCUCCCUGCGCCCAGCGAGCUCUGAUCCCAGCUGGGAAGGGCCGGUGGGAGCGGAUGGGUGUGACAUGGAUGACCUGGACGGGCUCCUGGGAGAGCUGCCCGAGGAUUUCUUCUCAGCCCCGGCCCGUGUUGACUGCGGCUGAGCCCCACAGCUCUGCUGAGGUGGCGGUGCCAGGAGCAGGUGGCACACCUGGCACCCCCGGCUGCUCUCUGCAUGUCCCUGGUGUUUGCCGUGGGGCUGAGAGCUGGGGGCACCCCGAGGCCUCAGCGCUGUCCCCGCUGCUCCGGGCCCACGGGCCCCUCUCGCUCCAAACCUGCAUUAAAGGGCUCUUUGGUUUCUGCA